UCCCCUCAGCCCUACCCGGCCAUUGUUCUUCUUGGCGGGUCAGCUCCCCGGGACGGUCCUCAGUCACCGGUUCCUUUAAGUGGCGUGUGACACCAAAUGUCCUCUCAGAGGUAAUUCUUGUGCGCUGUUCAGGCGAGCAUGUUAUUCCUAUUUAUUACUGAUGAACGUGGGAGUAACAGAGACGGAGAGGAAAAGGGAGGAAAUAGGAAAACUUAGAGGAAGAGUGAGGGAGACCCACGGAGAGAGGAAACCCUGGAAAAGUGCGGUCUAAGAACAGAGGUCUCUCCAGAAGUCCCCAAGGACAAACCUGCAAGGUCCUUCCGGUGGAGAUUCAGCUUUAAGAAUUUGUAGCAACUUAAUUUCCUGGGACCUGGACACUAAUACUUGCUUCCAGGUCUGUAAAAACUGCAGCCUUCUUCUCUAGCUUGAUUCAAACUGACCAAUGAGAAAGAUACCAUUGGGCUGGAGCUUUUGACUGGAGAUAAAAAGAAGAGGGAUUUGGUCAGGGAGUGAGGCCAUUGUGGACUCUAGUCAGUCUUUGCUCCCCUGGCUGGACUAAAGCCCUUUGUCUUUUAUAUUCCAGCCCUUCCUCUUUUAAACAGAGUAUUUGGGUGUUCUUUCUCUCCCCUUGGCCUCGUUCUCCGGCAAUACCAUGAAUACUGCCCACUAGACAUGGGGGGGAUUUGCAAAGAGAUGGGAGAGUGAAAGCUGAAGGUGUGAGGUAGCAGUGGAACCAAAGGGGCUGUAGAGCAAUAGCUAAAGUUUAUUUGGCGCCUCAGUGAAGGCGGGCUGAGACUCAAUAGGCACUAUUCCAGAAACCUUUCAAAGGUUUUAGGUAGGUUGGGUGGGAGAGAGUGUUACUUUGGGUCUUAAUGACUAUUGCCAUAUAGGGGUCCAGUUGGCUUUCUGCUGAGACAGUUUUGUUUAAGAUUUAACCCCCCUGGAACCAUUGUGUUCCCUAGUUCCUCCUUCCUUCUGAUACUGGAAUUUCAGGUUCUUGGUUGCAGAGAUUUGAAGAAUAAAUCGAUGGACCACAGGAUCAGUGGAUUGCCUUCUAAAGAAUCCAGUUACACGAAGAAGAAGCCCAGAAGAGGAAAAAAAAGGAUUCAGAAAUGGCUGUGCCUCAGGAUGAAGCAUUUCCUACUUUUUUACAUCUGGUGAGAUUCCUUCCCUGCUCCUGUCUACAAAGAUACCACCUUCUACUCAGACCUGACGCCUUUGACAUUCAGGGAUGUGGCCAUAGAAUUCUCUCAGGAGGAGUGGAUGUGCCUGGACCCUGCUCAGAGGACUUUAUACAGGGACGUGAUGUUGGAGAACUAUAGGAACCUGGUCUCCCUGGGAUUGACUUUUAAACAUUAAUGUUGGAUGAGGAAGAAGCCCAGGUCGGGGGGAAGAGGAAAGAAGAGGAAUCAGUAAUGGCUAAUGCUCAGGACUCCUGCUUCCUGACCUGACUGUUCUCUCCAUGUUGGAGGAAGGGAAUGAGCCCUGGACUGUGGAGACUGAAGUGAAAACACCAAGAAAUUCAAACUGGGAGGAAUGGAUCAAAGAUGUGCGCUCAGCGAACAAUUGAAGGAGUGUGGAAAUGAAGGUGCUAUUAGGAGACAGAUUUUGUGACAGGAGAAUGCACAUAGGCCAAUGAUAGGAACGUUUCCUGGAUUCAGCCACCAACGGACGUCGACGAUCCCAGCCAGAUUCUAGUUCCCUGACCCCUGAGUUGUUCCUGCCUCAGGGUAGAUUUUGUGCCUUAAAACCAUGAAACUGGGCACCCGGGGAGCAAGCGCAAAGACGUGCAGGCCCCGCCCCUAGUCCUGCCACUCACCGUGGGAACCCCGCCCAGGCCCGGCCUCUCCUGCGCGCGCAGGAUCCUGCAGACCCGGAAGACGCCGGUGUGGGAAGAAGCCAACCAGGUUCCUGGCUCACGAACCGAAACAUUUCCAGAGUGGAGCAGAACAGUUAGAAGAAGUAACAGAGGGAAAGAACAGGAGAGAGGGCCACAAAGUGAUGAUCAAGAGCCCAGGGGGAGACACAGAGAAGAAGACAAAAAGAAGAGCAGGGGAGAGGUGAGGACAAGAGGCCUCUUCUCCCCAGGUUGCUCCUGCCUCAGAUCUUUAAUUGUGGACCUCUGUCUUUCUAGAACUCUCCAAGCCGCUCAGCUGCAGGACACUGGUGACAAGGCUGCAAGGGGAGAGCAGAUCUAGAAGGAUUGACUAUUAAUGAUUCGUUUGGGGUGAAGAAGGAGUGCAGAUCAGAGGAAGGAAUAAAGAAGAGAAAUCGGCAAUGGCUUUUACUCAGGGACACUUGACAUUCAGGGAUGUGGCCAUAGAAUUCUCUCAGGAGGAGUGGCAGUGCCUGGACCCUGCUCAGAGGGCUUUGUACAGGACUGUGAUGUUGGAGAACUACAGGAACCUGGUCUCCCUGGGACUCUUGCUUCCUGACCUGCCUGUUCUCUCCAUGUUGGAGGAAGGGAAAGAACCCUGGGUUUGGGAGACUGAAGUGAAAACACCAAGAAAUUCAGACUGGGAGGAAUGGAUCAAAGGUGUGUGCUCAGGAAGGAGCUAUGUAUUGGGAAUGGAAGCAGGACACAAACCUAUUAAAAAUCAACUUAGAUUAAGUUUUCACUCCCAUCUUCCUGAACAACAACUAUUUCAAGAUGAAAGGAAAGUUGAUGAAUGCAAUAAAGAUGAAAACUCUCUCAACUAUAUAACUUCAUGUUCACCACUUGAAAACACUCCUUCCAAGCUCAAAACCCACAUGCUUAAUAAAUAUCAGAAUGAUUUUGUCUGUUCUCCAAUAGUCACACAAGAACUGAACACACCUGUUAAGGAAGAACCUUACAGAUGUAACGAGCAUGGUGAAGCCUUUAGUGUGUCUUCAAGCCCUCCUGACCCUGGGGUAGUUGAUACUAAAAAUAAACCUGUGAUAUGUGAAGAGUGUGGCAAGACCUUUAGGAAAAAAUCGUAUUUUGUACAACAUUGGAGAAUCCAUACUGGGGAAAAACCUUACAGAUGUAAUGAGUGUGGCAGCGUUUUCCGGCAAAAUGCACACCUGUUGCGACAUCGGGUAAUUCAUUCUGGAGAGAAACCUUACAAAUGUGAUGUCUGUGGCAAAGCAUUUGGUUUGCUUUCAAUACUUUAUAAACAUCAGGUUAUCCAUAAUGGACAUAAGCCUUACAAAUGUGAGGUGUGUGGCAAGGUUUUCAGGCAAAAUGCACACUUAGCAAGGCAUCAUAAAAUUCAUACUGGAGACAGACCUUACGAGUGUAAUGAAUGUGGCAAGGCCUUCAUACAGAAGAAAGCCCUUACAAUUCAUGAGAAAACACACACUGGUCAGAAAGUUUUCAAAUGCAUUGAGUGUGGCAAAGUCUUCCGUCAUAAAUCAAAACUUAAAACUCAAUACGCAAUCCGUUUGGGAGAGAAACCUUACAAGUGUAGGGAAUGUCGCAAGGCCUUUAGACAGAAGGUAUUCCUUGCUGGUCGUCAAAAAAUAUAUUCUGUAGAGAAACCUUAUAAAUGUAACGAGUGUGGCAAAGCCUUCAGUAAAAAGACAUCCCUUACAUGUCAUCAGCGAAUUCAUACUGGAGAGAAACCGUAUAAAUGUAACGAGUGUGGCAAGGUCUUCUGCCAACAGUCAACCCUUAAAACUCAUCAGAGAAUCCACACUGGGGAGAAACCUUACAAAUGUAAUGAAUGUGACAAGGUCUUCAGGCAUAAGCUAUCCCUUACAGUUCAUCAGAAAACACACACUGGAGAGAAACCUCAUAAGUGUAAUGAAUGUGACAAGGCCUUCAUCCGGAAGAUAUCCCUUACAAUUCAUCAGAAAACACACACUGGAGAGAAACCUUACAAAUGCAAUGAGUGUGGCAAACUCUUUACUUGCAAAAGUUACCUUAUACAACAUCAGGGCAUUCAUACAGGAGAGAAGCCUUACAAAUGCAACGACUGUGGGAAAAAUUUUAGGUUGUGUUCGAACCUUCGUUUGCAUCAGGUUAUUCAUAAUGCGAAUAAACCCUACAAAUGUCAUUGUGGUACAGCUUUUAGGCACAAAGUAUCCUUAAGAGUUCAUCUCAGAAUUCAUACUGGGGAGAAACCUUACAAUUGUAAUGAGUGUGGCAAGCCCUUCAAAUGGAAGAAAUCCCUUAGAGUUCAUAAGAAAACACACUGGAGAGAAUCCUUACAAAUGUAAUGAGUGUGGCAAAGUCUGUCAACAAUCAGCCUUUCAAACUCAUCAGAGAAUUCAUACUGGAGAGAAACCUUACAAAUGUAAUGAUUGUGGGGAGGUGUUCAGUUUAAAAUUAUACCUUAAAAGUUGUCAAAAAAUUGGGUGGCGCCUGUGGCUCAGUCGGUAAGGCGCCGGCCCCAUAUACGAGGGUGGCGGGUUCAAACCCGGCCCUGGCUGAACUGCAACCAAAAAAUAGCUGGGCGUUGUGGCGGGCGCCUGUAGUCCCUGCUACUCGGGAGGCUGAGGCAAGAGAAUCGCUUAAGCCCAGGAGUUGGAGGUUGCUGUGAGCUGUGUGAUGCCAUGGCACUCUACCGAAGGCCAUAAAGUGAGACUCUGUCUCUACAAAAAAAAAUGUCAAAAAAUUGACACAAAAGAGAAACCUUACAAACCUGCAUGGCAAGGUCUUUAGUCAAAUUUCAUGCUUUGCCCAGCAUCAGAGAAUUUAUUUGUUGCAGACUCAUUGAGGGUGACAAAUCUUCAUUAUGAAUUUUACCAUUAAUCAGUAUCCUAGUAAAUACUAAUGAGAAAUCAAAUAAAUGCCGUGUGCAUGGCUGGUGCCUGACCACUCACUCCUCACUACACAUCUAAAGGUAUGUCUUCCAUGAAACCACUCAGAUGGAGUGUUUGUCAUGUGACUGAUACCCAAGGACCAUUACCAUGAGAGAGCUUGCACAAGAAAUAAAUCAGUCUCUAGUUCUCCAGUAUUUAAUGUCUGAUGUUACAUGGUGGAGAAUGACUAUAAAUCAAAAUACAUUGACUGGUAUGACAUGACAUGUAUCAACCACGUAAGGACAUGUGGACAUUGUCAGUUAUAUUUAGGUUAUACACUAUUUCAUUAUUUGAGGUUGUUUCAAAAAUCUGCUUUUCAUGACUUUCAACCUGAACUUUGAAAUAUCUUCAUAUGCCAUCCUUACCAACCAUUGACUGGUGUGUAGGAAGGAAAAAGUAGAGUGAUAGAUUUCAAUUGAUUGCUGAGAAUCAUUUCUAUGCCAUUUCUGGAGGGAAAAGACACUGCCCUUGGAGAUUAAUUCCUUUUUUAAUUUUUGUGGAGGCAAUAAUGCAGGGUGAAGUGCACUGGUGUGAUCAUAGGCCACUGUCCCCUACACCUGAUGGCCUCCAGGUAUCUUGUUCUCGCUCCCUUCCAGAUAGUUGGGACUAUAGUGCACCAUAUUUGAUCCAGCUGAUUUUUCUUAAUUUAUUUUUUAGAGAAAAUGUCUCGGUAUGUUCUCCAGGCUGGUUUCAAACCUUCAAUUCUAGCAAUUCUUCCAACUUGGUCUCCCAGCAUGCUGAGAUUACAGAUGUGUGUCAUUGUUCCUUUUUCCUUUGAGAUUAUAUAUUGUCUGAUUUACACAGCAUGGCAGUGAGCAGUGAAUAUUGUACAACUGUGGUGUCAGUCUUCAUGCCACAAGCAUUCAGCACACGCUUCUCUUUAAGGAACAAAUGGUGGGUUAUAAGAACCAACUGUUCUACCAGAUCAGAAAAAGAACAGGCCACAAGCUUUAGACACAGAAUUUUGGGGGAAGACAGUAGUAGAUUCUUAAGGACUAAUAAAGAUGGUUGAAAUAACGCAGAGAUACUUAUGGUAGCCUUCUCCAUUGAAUGGCAGUAAGUGUUGAUUAUCAGACAUUGAUAAAAAAGUAGUCUUUAGAAGGUGAAGAGAAAAAUUUUGUCUUUUGAUGUAUACUGUUACAUCGAAACUACCAGUAGAGCAUGUUCUUGAUGCUGAUUCACAUUUACUCUUGGCAUUGUAAUUUGCAACUGUUUUAUUCAAGGUAUGUCAUAAAUCCCCAGUUUUACUAAUAAAAUUUAAUAUUGUUUUCUUAGCUGCAAAUGAGUCACAGUGUUUCUGUCAAUAUUUACCCCAUGUGAGGAGGAUACUUCAUAAUGAACAAUAAUAAUG